CUUACAGCCUCUCAGGGGACUCGACAACACCCAUUUCACUCAUUGCAAUUUUGUGCUCAAUUCCGGUGUUGAUACUACAUUUUUCGGACUAUUGUCUUCCUAUUUGAUUGUUCGUUUCUAUCACCUUUGAAGUAAAAUGACCGACACAAAGAACAAGUACUCGGUCAUCCUGCCGACGUACAAUGAGCGCAAGAACCUCCCUAUCAUCUGCUGGCUACUGGAGCGAACAUUCCGCGAGAACAACCUAGACUGGGAAAUCGUGAUCGUCGACGACGGCUCACCCGACGGCACCCUCGAAGUCGCCAAACAGCUGCAAGCCCUCUGGGGCCCCGAACACAUCAACCUCAAGCCGCGGGCCGGCAAGCUGGGUCUGGGAACCGCAUACGUGCAUGGCUUGCAGUACGUGCGCGGCAACUAUGUCAUCAUCAUGGACGCGGACUUCAGCCACCACCCCAAGUUCAUCCCCGAGAUGAUUCGCAUCCAGAAGGUGACGGAUGCGGACAUCGUCACUGGCACGCGGUAUGCGAGCCGCGAGGGCAUCAAGGGCGGGGUGUAUGGGUGGGAUCUUUUCCGGAAGUUCACGUCGAGGACGGCGAACCUGAUUGCGGAUGUUAUGCUCAUGCCUGGUGUGAGUGAUCUGACGGGGAGCUUCCGGCUGUACAAGAAGAGUGUGCUGGAGAAGGUCAUCCACAGUACGCAGAGCAAGGGGUAUAGUUUCCAGAUGGAGAUGAUGGUGCGGGCAAAGGCGAUGGGGUUCAAGGUUGCUGAGUGUCCGAUUACCUUUGUCGACCGGCUGUACGGGGAGAGUAAGUUGGGUGGGCAUGAGAUUGUCGAGUAUCUCAAGGGUGUGUUGAAUCUGUGGCUGAAGGUUUGACCUCUUUGUGUUGUUUGCUUCUUGGGGUUCUCUUCAGGGUCGGCUUGGACCGCGACAUACUUUGCCAUACCCUUAUUUGUCUCUUACGCUUCUAAUACUGCCACUGCCACUGCCAUGUUCCUUGGAUAUCUACUUUGCUGCUCUGUUUCGGCCUAUGUGUACAAUAAAACGUGAAAACUACGACAUAAUUUCAUUCCACAAUCGUC